ACAUGUAUUUUUCAAUCGUAAUAAUAAAAUGAAGAUAUCAGCAUCCAUGAAGCUUUCUCUUUUGUUGGCUUCUUUUCUCAUCGUUACUUCUUGUGAGACUCUUCUCUUUCUCCUAUACAUUUAUAUCACAUAUUGCAAUGCAUCAAGCCCAAAUUAUGCUAUAUGUCCUCAUGUAGAACUAAUUGUCUCCCAAGUGAACUACAUGCAAAUUAUUAUUUUAUAUAAUGCAUAUAUUUUAUCUUUAAUUUCAAUUCUUUAUAAUUUUAAUUAAUUUUGGGUUUGGUGGAUAAAUGUCACAGCUGUUAAGAAAGGAAUGGUGGGAGCUAGCCAGGGACGAGGCAUCGUGAUACAGGAACCCGAUCCUGAACCUCCAUUCGUUGGGGACCUUCCUCCAGCAACUGGUAGGGUACAAGGCAUCGUGAUACAAGAACCCGAUCCUGAACCUCCAUUCGUUGGGGACCUUCCUCCAGCAACUGGUAGGGUACAAGGCAUCGUGAUACAAGAACCCGAUCCUGAACCUCCAUUCGUUGGGGACCUUCCUCCAGUAACUGGUAGGGUACAAGGCAUCGUGAUACAGGAACCCGAUCCUGAACCUCCAUUCGUUGGAGACCUUCCUCCCGCAACUGGUAGGGUACAAGGCAUCGUGAUACAGGAACCCGAUCCUGAACCUCCAUUCGUUGGAGACCUUCCUCCCGCAACUGGUAGAGUACAAGGCAUCGUGAUACAGGAACCUGAUCCUGAACCUCCAUUCGUUGGGGACCUUCCUCCAGCAACUGGUAGAGUAUAAGGCAUCAUGAUAUAAGAACCUAAACCUCUGUUUUAUGGCAACCCUCCACCUCCUGGUUCAACUCCAGAAACAAAGAUUAGGAUUUGAAUUUUAAUCUCCUGUCGACGUUGUGCAUUGGAAUGGCGAAUAAUAAAAGCUUCUUACAGUUAUGUGCAUAUUUGUGCUGCGUUACAUCUAUUUGCUAUGCUAAAUUUGGCAUUCUCAACUAAUUUUGGUUAUAAAUAUUCAGCAAACUCAUGCAGAGAGCAAAUAAAUUUAAGCAUGCAAU